AUGGCUGCAGCUCUAGUUUCUCUGAUGAAUACGGUGGAGCAGAUCCAAAACCACCCUCAACUUUCCACUUCUCUUCAUCAUUUCCAGAUUGAGAUCCUCCGCGAAAAAGUUUAUUUCUUCCUAGAUUUUAUAGAAAGUUAUUCCUCUCAUGUAGAUGAUUUGGAGAGGCGGAUUGCAACUGCAGCUCAUGCGGCUGAAGAUUUAUUUGAAUCCCAUGUUGUUUGGCGAAUUCGUACCCACGAAAAAAACAGUCUCGAUCUGCAGAAGGUAAUUGUAGAUAUGGAUCUUGUGAGAGAGAAAGUGUUGAAGGUGAAAGAGGAAAGGGGAAUCAGAUAUGAGCAGCCGACUGCUAAUUCAUCAAGAUCCGUUGCCAGUAACCGAGAGGCGAUUAUGGUGGGAUUUGGUGGCUACUUGGAUCAGCUCUUGGAUUUGCUCACCGGAAAUCAAUCUAGCCGCCAGAUCAUCUCAAUCGUUGGCAUGGGCGGUAUUGGUAAGACUACUCUGGCCAAGAAUACUUUUGAAAAUUCAAUUAUUAAGCGACACUUUGAUAUAUUUUCUUAG